CACAACAUCAGAGAUACUGAAAGCAGAGGGGAGGAAACACUGCGACGCAAGGAGGGAUCCCAUCAUCUCUCUGCUGGGCUGAAUGCUCUGAAUAUAGGUGUAGAUAUCACCAGACCACUUUCCACAUCAGCAGCACUGUUCCUCUAGUCUUCAGCCAUGAACUACCUGCGCAGGCGUCUGUCAGACAGCACCUUCAUCUCCAACCUACCCAAUGGCUACAUGUCAGACCUGCAGAAACCAGAUCCUCCUCAGCCUCCCCCUCCGGGACCAGCAUCAGCACUGGCUCCGGUCUCCCCGGCCCAGGAGAGGAAAGUCAUUCCAUCCAGCCAGCCGUUAGGAACGGGGUUCUUCAGCUCCAUCACCAGUGUGGUGAAACAGACUGCAGCGUCAGCAGGACUGGUGGAGCAAAUGCCCGUGCCAGCUUCCUCCAAGAGACAGAAGAUACUGCUGGUAAUCGAUGAACCGCAACAGGACUGGGCGAAACUCUUCAGAGGGAAAAAACUGAAUGGAGAUUAUGAUAUUAAAGUUGAACAGGCUGAGUUUGGUGACAUCAGUGUCGUGGCUCAUGCUAAUGGAUCAUGUAAUGUGGCUCUGCAAGUUUUGCAGAAUGGAAGCAAAUUUGUCAGGUCAUUGAAGCCUGACUUUGUGCUGAUCCGACAACACGCUUUCAGCAUGACAGAGAACAAGGACUUCCGUAACCUCAUCAUCGGUCUGCAGUACGCUGGGAUCCCCAGCAUCAACUCUCUUGAGUCCAUCUAUAACCUCUGUGACAAACCCUGGGCGUUCGCACAUCUCAUCAGCACAUUCAAGAGACUUGGACAGGAGAAGUUUCCAUUAAUUGAACAGACGUUCUAUCCCAACUAUAAAGAAAUGGUGACCAUACCAACGUUUCCUGUUGUGGUGAAAAUCGGGCAUGCUCACUCUGGUGUGGGGAAGGUGAAAGUGGAAAAUCACACAAAGUUUCAGGACAUUGCGAGUGUGGUGGCCAUCACUCAGACGUACAGCACAUGUGAACCAUUCAUUGAACCCAAAUAUGACAUCAGGAUUCAGAAGAUCGGCACUGAUUAUAAAGUUUACAUGAGAACAUCUCUCUCAGGAAACUGGAAGUCUAACACUGGUUCUGCUAUGGUGGAACAGGUGGCAAUGACAGACAGGUAUAAGCUAUGGGUAGAUACCUGCUGUGAAAUAUUCGGGGGCCUUGAAAUUUGUGCCAUUAAAGCUAUUCAUGGCAAAGAUGGAAAAGAUUACAUUACUGAGGUAAUGGGUUCGUCAAUGCCGUUAGUGGGGGAUCACCAGACUGAAGACCAGCAACUCAUAACAGACAUGGUCAUUGCCAAAAUGAACCACGUUAUGACACAAAACCCCAAGAGACCAACUGCCAUUCAACCAAGUCAGAACGCUGUUGAGAAGGAUGCUGUGGUUGAUGUAAAGAACGGCCCACCACAGAAAGCUCCUCCUCAAGGUUGUUUGCAAUACAUUCUUGACUGUAAUGGUGUCGCAGUGGGACCAAAAUUAGUCCCGGCUAACUAACAAGACUAACUAACAAGACUAACUAACCAAGAUGGUUCAAACUAAUCAAACUCCAGAGGUUGGAUUCAAAUAUUCAGAGAGCUGAUGUUGUGUUCUCUGAGAAAGGACACGGGUCUUAGUUUAGGCCUGAUCUCUGUUUCAGUCUGUACUGUUGAGCUUUACUGUUGUACGCUUGUAAUGGUUGCUUUUGGGUCUCUGUGAAGCGCUUGCUUUUUCAGGGUUGUUUGUUCGCAGUCAUACAAGCAGAUUGUGCCUAGUGUUCAGUGACACUUUCCAUGUACUGUAUAUUUCUUUUUUUCUUGUCUGUUAGUUCUGUUACAUUUCAAUUUUUUUAUUGUAAAUGGUGUUCAAAAAUGAUUAGUUAGCUAUUGUGUGAACAGGAUAUAUAUAUAUAUAUAUAUAUAUAUAUAUAUAUAUAUAUACACAUAUAUGUAAGUAUUGAGAUUAUAUAACAUAAAUGAACAUUUUAUUUGCAUGGGCAAAUGUGUGUCAUGUGUUGAAAGAGAUGUGAAUUGUGUGUUUUCAUUGGUGACAUUACUGUUCAAAUACCCUAUAUAUCGUUACUGCACCUUCAGUAUUGUGUAUGUGUCAUACAAUAUGGUAAAAAUAUAUUGGCUACAACCCUAUGGACGAAAGUGAUAUUGCUGUGCAUUAGUCAUUUUUGGAUGGCAAAAACUGGGGCAACUUGAUUUUCCUGUCCUCUGUCAUCCAUUUUACCAAAUUGCAAAUUAAAUAAAUAAUAAGCAAUAAAAAUAAACCCCUGGAAAAACAGUGAUUUAUAUGCUUGUGUGGCACAGAUGCUGGUUGCUAUACAUGCUGUUUGUGUCCCAGUCUGUUCUACGCACUGUAUAUGUGUUAAAAAAAUUAUGUUCAAAUUAUUGUAGUUUGUGGGUGUCAUGUAUGUGAUCACACUUUAACAUUAUCCAAAGUCCAUGGCUCACUACAGUAUACAACACAAUAGGCAUUUUCCAGACUUCAUUUUUGCACCCUUGAAGGGCAUUUCGCGAAGGGGAUGCCACUCGAAAGGUCGUUCCAAACAAAAGUAAGAAAGUAAAUUUUUUCACAAAGGGCCCUUUCACAAGACUUUAGUGAAGGCUACAUUUAAACUGUAAUGACAUGUUCCCUUCAGAGUGCCCACAUCAAGAUCUCUGUCUUUUGUAGUGAGUAGGGCAUAGGGGUGAUCAUUUUCGAUUGGCAUUCGCCCAAUGUGAAUAUCUCAUUUUCAUUUAAGGCAGCUAGCUUCGACAUGGAAUAAUUUGCACUCUAGAUUUCCCGGUUUUUGAAUAUUCAGACAUUUUGCUAGACAUUUUAGUUGGAGGCGCAGCUCUGCUGUUCAAGAGACGCAGGCGAGGGAGAUGAGACGGUGCGCUGGUCAAACUCUGUAGGCACGGAUAUUGAACAGCGCUGCUGAGUAUUCACUUAGCGAAUCUCCACUCUCUUCCAAACAAAAUGGACAAACUACAUCUCCUCACCCGCACAAACAAGGACUUUUCAACCUCUGCUGCCUUGUGCUUCACAGAAACCUGGCUGAGUGAAGCCAUUCCGGACAGCGCGUUACAUCUGCCGGGCUUCCAGCUGUUCAGAGUGGAUCGCAUCGCGGAGUUAACGGGGAAAACGAGAGGCGGUGGAACAUGCAUUUAUAUCAAUGAAAGUUGGUGUACAGAUGUAACAACGUUAAAGAGGAUUUGCUGUCCUAAUUUGGAAGUGCUCUUUAUUAACUGUAAGCCUUUCUACUCGCAGCUGGAGUUUUCCUCAUUUAUUCUGGUGAGUAUGUAUAUCGCACCAAACACGUUUGAACACAGCGCUGCAACAGCUGGCUGAUCAAAUCACAGACAUGGGACAACAAUACCCAGACUCAGUUAUUAUUAUUCUUGGGGAUUUUAAUAAAAGCAAAUCUCACACGUGAACUGCCCAAAUACAAACAGCACAUCACAUGCCCUACCAGAGACAGGAACAUACUGGAUCAUUGUUACACAACAAUAAAGGAUGCAUAUCGCUCUGUCCCUAGAGCAGCUUUGGGACUCUCUGAUCACUGUCUGGUUCAUCUUCUUCCAACCUACAGGCAGAAAUUAAAAUCAAUCAAGCCAGUAGUAAGGACUGUAAAGAGAAGGACCAAUGAUGCAGAGCAUGAACUACAAACCUGCUUCGAUUGCACGGAUUGUAGUGUUUUUGAGGCUGCAGCCACAGACCUGGACGAGCUCACAGAUACUGUUACAUCAUAUAUCAGUUUCUGUGAGGAUAUGUGCAUUCCUACUAGGACUUAUUUAAAGUUCAACAAUGACAAACCGUGGUUUACAGCAGAGCUCAGGCAGCUUCAUCAGGCCAAAGAAGAUGCAUACAGGGGUGGGGAUAAAGUCUUGUACAAUCAGGCCAGGAACACACUGAACAGGGAAAUCAGAGUGGCUAAAUGAAGAUACUCUGAGAAGCUGAAAAACAAGUUUUCAGCUAAUGACCCUGAAUCAGUGUGGAGUGGUAUGAAACAACUCACAAAUUACAGGACUCCUACCCCCAACCCUGUAGGGAACCAACAACUGGCUGAUGACCUGAAUGUGUUCUACUGCAGAUUUGAAAGGGCCAAUCUCACACCCCACACCCACUCUGACCUUCACUUCACACAAACACCAACACCUCCUGCAACCCCCUCCUCCCCCCUCCUGCUACUCAACCUGCACUUAAGAUCUGUGAAGAUGAUGUGAGCCGCGUCUUUCAGAAACAAAAGACGAGGAAGGCUUCAGGCCCAGAUGGUGUCUCACCAGCGUGUCUUCGAUCUUCACACAGAUCUUCAAUAGAUCACUGGAGCAGUGUGAAGUCCCAUGCUGCUUCAAACGCUCAAUCAUUAUUCCUGUCCCAAAGAAACCAAAAAUCACAGGACUUAAUGACUACAGACCUGUCGCCCUGACGUCUGUGGUCAUGAAAUCAUUUGAGAGACUGGUGUUGGCCCACCUGAAGAACAUCACUGGACCCUUUCUAGAUCCCCUUCAAUUUGCUUAUCGAGCAAACAGGUCUGUGGAUGAUGCAGUCAACAUAGGACUGCAUCAUAUCCUGCAACAUCUGGACAGACCAGGGACAUAUGCAAGGAUCCUUUUUGUGGACUUCAGUUCAACUUUCAACACCAUCAUCCCAGCUAUACUCCAGAAUAAAUUACACCAACUCUCUGUUCCCAUGUCUAUCUGUCAGUGGAUUACCAGCUUUCUGAUGGACAGGCAGCAGCUUGUGAGACAGGGGAAACUCACUUCUAGCACCUGUACAAUCAGCACUUGUGCCACCCAGGGAUGUGUGCUCUCCCCUCUACUCUUCUCCCUCUACACCAAUGACUGCAUUGCCAAGGACCCCUCUGUCAAGCUCCUGAAGUUUGCAGACAACACCACUGUCAUCGUCCUUAUCCGAGAUGACAAUGAGUCUGCAUACAGAAGGGAGGUUGAACAGCUGGCUAUCUGGUGCAGUCAAAACAACCUUGAGCUGAACACGUUCAAAAUGGUGGAGAUCAUUGUAGACUUUAGGAGAAACACCCCAACACUGACCCCCCUCACCAUUCUAAACAGCACUGUGGCAGCAGUGGAGUCAUUCGGGUUCCUGGGCACUACCAUCUCACAGGACCUGAAGUGGGAGACCCACAUUGACUCCAUUGUGAAAAAGGCCCAGCAGAGGUUGUACUUCCUUUGCCAGCUGAGGAAUUCAAACUGCCACAGGUGCUGCUGAUACAGUUUUACUCAGCAGUCAUUGAGUCUGUCCUCUGCACUUCAAUAACUGUCUGGUUUGGUUCAGCUAUGAAAUCAGACAUCAGAAGACUAUAAAGGACAGUUUGGACUGCUGAGAGGAUUAUUGGUUGUCCCCUGCCCCCCCUUCAAGAACUAUACACUUCCAGAGUGAAGAAAAAGGCUGGAAAAAUCACUCUGGACCCCACUCACCCUGCCCACUACCUUUUUGAACUGUUGCCUUCUGGCCGACACUUCAGAGCUCUGAGCACCAGAACCGCCAGGCACAGGAACAGUUUUUUCCCUCAGGCUAUCCAUCUCAUGAACAGUUAAAUUGCCCCAUUGAGCAAUAACUAUGUGCAAUACACAGUUUAGUCUUUCUUAUAUUUAUCCAAAACAUCCAACCUCUUCUGCCAUUUCAUUCCCCUUAAAAAAAAACAAAAAAACAUUUGCACUGUACAUAACAGAUUUGUAUUUGCACUGUACAUAACAGAUUGUAUUAGAUUUGCACUACCCAUGUGUAUGUGUGUAUGUAUGUGUGUCUGAAUGUAUGUGUAUAAUUAGUUUUAUUUUUUAUUAUUAUCUAUGUCUUGCUGCUGUUUUUGUAUUGUUUUUGUAUUGUUGUACACUGGAAGCUCCUGUCACCAAGACAAAUUCCUUGUAUGCGUAAGCAUACUUGGCAAUAAAUCUGAUUCUGAUUCUGAAAA